GAAACAAAGGAUUUUACACGCAAACGAUGGGAUACAUACAGAAAUAGCGUCAAACGGUGGCUUGUUUUGCAUGGUGAGAAUCAGAGAAUAGCAGAAACAUACAAACAUUGUCUAGAAAUCGAGUUUGAAAAUGUCCCCGAAGACGCUGGGUUUCACUCCACUUGCUACAGGCGUUUCAUUGACAAAAAGCGCCUGGAUGCGGCAGAGAAACGUGUCAUACAGCGUCCUGAAGUUCAAGAUGCUCACAAAGAUCAGUCUGUGUCAUCGAGUAGUAGUACUUUAACAACUGAAUGUCCUAAAAAGAAACUUAGGUCCAGGACGGGCCUGCCAGUAGCUUGUGCAGGUCCUGUGCUUCCUGCCUUGUGCAUAAUUUGUAAGAAAACGGACAAGUUCAUUACUGUGGCAGGCAAACGCCAGAUGGACCAUCUUUCACAGGCAGAAACGUUGUCAGCAGGCCAGUUGAUGAAAGCUGCUGAGAUGAAGGAAGACACUAGCAUUCUUGUGCAUAUUCAAGACAAAGACUGUGUGUCUCUGGAGGUGCGAUACCACAAGUCCUGUUACAGACAGUACACCAGGUUCUUGACAAAGUCUACUGCAACAGUUACUGAGACCUUAGAAGAACAAAAUGAGCCAACCUUCGAUUCCAGCUACAAGAUAUUCUGUGAGAGGACCAUCCGUCAUAGAAUAAUUGUAAAUCAAGAGGUGCUGACAAUGAUGCAGCUAAGAAGGAUCUUUUUAAAUCUUGUGAAAAAACAUGAAGAUCUUGAUGCUUCAAACUACAGGUAAUUUAAAUACCACAAGUUUCUUUUAAAUGCAGCUUUGGAAAUAAUGUUCCAAACAGCUCCUGGAAAGGGGGAAAAUGCUCUCAGAGAGUUUAUGGACCAAAAGACUGUUAUCAACAUCAGUUGAUAUAUUUGCUCCCAUCAAAACACAAAAACUAAAGACCUUCAGUGACCAAGCAAAGACAAAGAAGAAACCGGCAGCAGGCAAGGAAGUGAUUCUGCGUGCCGACAAGAAGCUAUUCUCCAGACUACUCGUCAUAGGUCAAAGUAGAAAGAUAGAGCUUUGGGAAAUUCUGUCCUACUCCUUGGGAACUGUGUCAUAUCCUUUAGCCAGUGCUGAUGGUUCACUUGCUAAAACAAACAAAUCAGCUCUUAUGGAUUUAUUGGAAACCAAAGGUGGAGAGUGUUUAGUUGACAAAGUUCCGGCAGGUGGAGCUGUUCUCUUCGAUGGAAUGGCGGUCAUUCAAGCCAUUCGGUCCACACCAAGUACCUUUGGAGAGCUCGCCGACACCAUACUGCAGUACAUUGUCAAGCUUGCUCUGAAGCACAACUGUACACGGAUAGACUUUGUGAUUGACCAAUAUCCGGAAAUGAGUAUUAAAAAUUUGGAAAGGUCACAUAGAGCUGUUGGUGGUACACAACUGGUGAAAAUUUAUGGACGGGAUUAGAAGACACCAACACAAUGGAAGAAGUUUCUAUCAGAUGGAAGAAACAAAGAGGCACUGGCAGAAUUCCUCUAUGUUGUGUGGCGUGAUGCGGAUCUUACCACUGUGGGCAAGGACUUAAUCUUGUACAUAGCACAUGGAGACCGGUGUCACUGUGUGACAGUAAUGCAGGGUAUACAGACUCUCAGUGCUGUUGAAGAUCUGACAUGUGAUCAUGAGGAAUGUGACACCAGGUUGUUUUUACAUGCACAACAUGCUGCGCAUAACCAUCAAACUAUAGUCAUCAAGAGCCCUGAUACUGAUGUGGCAGUGAUUGCUUUAAGUCUGAAGCCAGAUUUACCAUGUAGGUUGUUUUUUUUCACAGGGGUUGGCAACAAAACAAGGAUCAUUGAUUUAGCUAAGGUGUCAUCAGCUCUUGGCACCAGUGUGUGUUUGGCACUAAUUGGGAUUCAUACCUUCUCAGGUUGUGACUCUACAAGUGCCUUUUAUGGCAAAGGCAAAAGAAAGGCAUUUUAUGUUGCUUGCGAGAAAGAGGAAUACCUGAAUGCAUUUACAAAUCUGGGUAGAAGUUUUAACCUGGACCAGUCUACCUUUGACAUACUUUGCAAAUAUGUGUGCCACCUCUAUGGCCAGCCAUUUGCCGAAAAUGUGAACGAUGCAAGAUACAAAGCAUUCUGCAUGGCAUCAUCGGCUUUGCCAGAACUAUCCAUGCCCCCGACACGUGAUGCCCUGCACCAACACUGCAAAAGGGCAAACUACCAAGCAGCCAUAAUGAGACAUUCUCUGAAAGGUAUAAUGUGUGCCCCUUCACCCGUUGGCAAUGGAUGGCACCUCGAGGAUGGGGAGUUAACAGUGACCUGGAUGACUAGAAAUCCUGCCCCUGAAUGUGUGUUGCAGGUAGUCCACUGCAGUUGCAAGCAAGGCAAAUGUGAGACUGGAAGAUGUUCCUGUAUGUCUGCUAGACUGUCUUGUACUGAUUUUUGUCGGUGCCAAAAUUGUGCAAAUGUUUCAAAGGAAACAGAGGAAAGAGCAACAUGGGAUGAUGGCUCCGAUGAUAGUGAUAGGGAUGAUAAUGAUGAGUAAAGAUGUGCUGUGCAUUAUUUUAAGAUGAUUUUCCGUUGUAAUUAAUCUGUUGUGGAUCUGUCUGUUCAUUUUUGGCAUUAUUCAUAAUUAAGGGGGGUGUGGUCGCAUUUUGAGUCAUUUCAGCCAACUUGGGCCAAAGUGUGCUGCUUCUUAAUGUUUCUGUGAUUACACAGUACCUACGGAACAUUUUGAUGUAUAAUAAAUCACAGUUUUGCUAAAAUUACAAUGUGUAUGUUUAAUUUUGUUUGGUGCCAAUCCAUAAAGUUGAAGCAUAUUUUCUACAAAUUUGCCAUAUUUUAUGGUCUACAUUCACACUUGAGUAUUUAAUGCACCAAAACCUUUCUCAAAUGUUUAGGUACAUGUAUAAAGGUCAGUUUGAGAGAGAUUUUGUGUUGCUAAAAUUAAUAUAAAUAAAGUUAUAAGCAAAACCAACAGCAUAAGAUUUUCAUUUUUUUUGUAUUCACAAUUAUACACAUUUAUGGAUCUUGACAAAAAACUGCAGGAUAUUUUGCGGAGAACUUUUAACAUAAAGUCCAAAAGGGUGUUGUCUAUGCAACAAUGCAUUUAAAAAGUAGUGCCCAGGCGUGGGAACGAAAAUCAAUUUCUAGCCACUUUUUCCUAGUUCACCUUACGGCCUAGACAAGACGUUUUGUGAUACUCGAUGGUAUUGAGGCAAUUCGAUCAGUGCCUAAAAAGUAUCGCCCUCGAUACCCAGCCCUAGCACUGUGUGUACCAGUGCACAUACAAGUUGUUUCCAUUACUUUGAAAAUAAUUAAAUUGCAAAGAAAUGUUUAGAAAUAACAAUAGUUAUGUAACACAUAUGGAAAUGUAAAAUUGAGGAUCAUUUUAAGAUGAUCUGAUUCUCUUACUCUCCCCUAUAUUAACAACAAAUAUUAAAGUGAAAUACGUUGUAUUCUGUAUUUAGGAGGUACACAGCAACAUCAGGCACGUGCAGGGGGGGUGGGGUAGUCUCUUUGGCACUUAAUGCCGAAAGUGCCCUUUUGUCAAGGCAAAAAAAUGUAUAUUCUUGUAAUUAAAGACCCUUUUGUGAAGGCCUGCUCAAUCUAACUAUUAGUAAAAUUAAUGAAUAAUAAUUUAUCCCUAAAUAAAAUGACCCACGUGAUGACAUUUCACCAGACAAACUGGGAUCAGGGCCGGACCGGGGCCAGGCAGUUGCCGAGGGCCCCAGGUCUACCUGAGUCACUUUACUCGGACUCGGAGGUUGGACAACUGAAUUCACUUCAGUUUCUAAUCUCAGACAUAUUAAUAGGUGCAAAUAAAAUAUUUAAAAACUUUUAAACAUUAGAAUGGUCUUUUCUGCUCUGUUUCUUUUUCAAAACUUUAUCAUGGCAUUUGCUGCUGUAUCAGGACAGAAGCAUUCGUAUCGAUACACAUAUCAGCAAGGAAUGCAUCACGAAAAACAGUAUUGCUGUAUUGAGGUUUUGUGCACAGCCCUAUAAGGUGCCAUAGAAUGGGAACUGUAUUUACCUGGGCAUAUAUGAAUAAUAAGAGGUCUGUACAUGGAAAUUACAUAUCGUGAGCCUCAAACACCAUUGUUUCCUCCUUGUUUAAAUCGUGUGCAUGCAAAGGACCACUGAAAAAGAGGCCAAUCCCAACAUAACACCGACUGUGACGUUACAGUCGGGAUGUACGUCCCCAACGUUGCAUAUACCCGCCCAUGUUCUAGGCCAGCCGGACGUGCACAGCCGAAUCAUCGGAAGUUCUGCAGGUAUUGUGAAUAGGGUUGGGCGAUUUCUACCAAAUUGGCAUCGGACGAUGUCUACACUCUACAGUGAAACCUCGCGAUGGACAAUGACAUCGUUGUCUUCUUCAAAUAAGCCGCGACGUUAUGAAGUGAGGGGCGUUUUCUUUAUACAACGCGAGCUGCGCAGACACGCGUCUUCUGUUUACAGUUAUAAACUCAUGCGCAUCUUCUUUAUACAACGCGAGCUGAGCAGACACGCGUCUUUAAAUCUGUUUACAAUGCAAUUUGAAGCACAGAGCAGCGAGACUCACGUAACGAAAGUGAAAGGUACAGUUUUUCAAACCUGGGACAACAUCAAGCAGGCUUCUCUCAGCGUUUUGAUACGGAUUUAAGAAGGGGGCAAUUCCGACUAUAUAUUGCCGUUAGAACCCCUGCCGCAAGCAGUGAUUUUAUCCACUUCUUCCAUUUCACGUCUGACAGUAGCGAUCCGUUUCUGUGUGAGCUAGUGGAAUGAGCCGCGCAGCGAAACAGCCAACCAGGGCUGCGUUUCCCGAACAACGACAUAACUCGCUGGUUGACCACCAUAGUUAUGGGAGGCAAAUCCUGCCAAAUUUAAAUAAAUAAAUUAAACGAUGAAAAUGAAAACCCGAUUAGCAAUUUCAUUAUACACAACUGCGUGCACAAUAUGUGCCAAAAUGAAAAAUAAAAUGAAAUUAUUUUAUUUUCAUUUUCAUUUUUACACUGACAAUGCGUUGUCCCUGUCAAAUUGAAAAAGAAAAUGCAAUUGGUGAUUUGACAUUUAAUUUUCACUAAAAUCUCGAGGAAAGACUGCCAAUUUGAAAAUGAAAAGGCAAAUGUGAAAAAUAAAUUGUAAAAACAUUUUUUACAAAGGUUUUAUUAAUGUUCACGCAAUAAUACUGACACAAUUCAAAUUAAAAUGUAAACUUUGAUUUUCAUUUUUGAAAAUCACUUUUGUUUCGUUUUCAUUUUCUUUUUCUUGUUCACAGUCAUGCAAAUUACAUGUUAAUUAGUGGGUGUGGACGAGCGUCUGCAUUACUGGGAACGCCCACAAAAACGUCAUAUCCGUUUAUUCGAACGAACGUGUGUAGACCUUGUCAGGCGCUUGGCCUUAGCGCUUUGUAAUGAUGACGAAGACUGUGCCUGGUGCAAUACCGAAAAGUUGUAGUGUGGUGUACUGCAUCUCUGAUAAGUUAACAGACGAACAAACUAAAGCAUUGGAGAGCCCGUAUCUCUAGCGUGCCCUGAAACAUGCCGGAGCGCGAUUGUCCCCACUCCGCCGCUGACCUGCGCUCACACUGUACAUUACCAUCCGCACCUGAGCACGCUAUCAUCAUUACACUGUGACUGCUUUUAAGAAAACAUAAACAAAGCGAUCUUUCUCAGCACAAUAGAAUCCAUCGUAAUGUUCGGUUUGAGGUUGAUAAGAUGUGCGCUGUGCGGAGACCAAUUCGCUUAUGGUAUCACGAGAGCGGCUCAUAUGUGUUUAAAUCAGCCCCCGCGUACUUCAUUCAUUAUGAUUAUGAGCCAAUCGUUAUACAAAGUGCUGCACUAUGUUAUGAAUGCAUGUUUUAAAUGAUGCGCUUGUUUAAAUUCCUUGAAGUUCAGCUGUCAUGGCAAAAAACAUCUAAUACGCACAGAACUAUUAAUUGAUUCGAAUGGUUUUUUUUGUCCCACGGCGCGGUGACACAGGCCUGCACUUAUAAGUGUUGUAGGUAUUAGAUGUUUUUUGGUAUGACAGCUGAACUUCAAGGCUGGUGCCACCAACUGAAUAACUUGGUAGCACCAGUGCCACCUCUCUCAAGUGUUAGUCUAGAGCCCUGCUUUCUUGUAGAAUUGUGCUUCAAAUAAAGAACUUUAUGUUGACCAGAUUGUUAGUUAAUCAUUUACAAGUCAAUAUUGCCUAUAUGGACAGCGAUUUUAAAAAAAGUGAACUGGUAAAACUGCGGUGUUAAAUGCGAUGCAGUCGAAAAUUUGGGUGCACCUAACUUUUGUGCUGGUGCACCUAAGAAAAAAGGCGCACCAGUGCAAAAAGUUAGUCUAGAGCCCUGCACCUUGUAAAACAGGUUUGAAUUCCCAUCAGAUUGCGUUGAUAUAUAUGACACGAAAAAUGGGGGAAAUUCGUGUACACAAACACGGAUUAAUAGGUGACAGUUCAUGACAAUGUCUCGAAUUCCCUUGACUGUGUUGAUCAUUUGGUGUCAUUUAACAUCAACACACAGCCGUGGUCUGCCGCAGCUUUGUUCUUUUCCUUUUCUUUUUUUAUAGUUGUUAAAGGAGACAUGUUUGAACGUGCACAUGCAAAAUCAAUUUCAGGAGGAAUGUAUUGCCCGUCAUGAAAAUGCAUUUCUGUCCCUGGCACACACACGCAGCAAAUAUGGUAUCUGCUUGGUUUUGUAGAUUAGUUAGUUCUGGAUACUGUUUUUUUUUACAACCAGUUAGCUACGUUUUAAUCUUACGUUAGUAAUAUUUUACCAGGUUACGUUCAGCAUAACUAGCAAAGCACGGAAAUUCUUGGGUGAAUACCAAACCCAAAAAUGACUUAAAAAAAUAAUUUCAAAAUGUUUUUUGUAAAGUUAUAUUACUCGAUCUUUGUAAUUGCUUAACUAAAUAGAGUAUUUCCUAUUAAAGAAACAAAUUGAAGAGAGAAUUGUCUUCAGUAAUGUACUUUGGAACUUGAGUAUGAUUUCACCACUGCUGGAAACACAUUUACUAUCUUAUAUUCCUCCUGUUUUAUUAAAGCCUUUUUGUUCCGUGAUAUGAUUUCUUACCUUU